CCUCUGGACCUGACAGGCUGGCCCUGGAUUCUUCAGGCAUCCCUGGAGCAAGAGGCUGCCCAAGGCGUGGAGCUGGGAGGGCGCUUGGACGGAACCGUUCAGGUGGCUAGGAGCUCUGCCAGCUUUGGUCACCUUGGGCCCGGCUAGGAGCUCUGCGGCGGGAGCCUGGAGGACCGUGAACUGCUACGCGCGGUGCUGAGAGCCCAGCCCUGCCUGGCGCGGCCUCAAGCCCUGAGUGGCACCAGGUGUCCGGAACUUUGGGCACAGCCUCUGGGACUCCCUGGCCACCAGCAGACAGGAUGGCAGGCCUUCCCACCCCAGGCUUCCGUGACCACAGGUGCUUGCCUCCUGCCCCUUGGUGCCUGUCUGCUGAUGUGCCCAGCCUGUGCCCACCAUGCCGCCCUCCAUCUCGGCCUUCCAGGCCGCAUAUAUUGGCAUCGAGGUGCUCAUCGCCCUGGUCUCCGUGCCUGGGAACGUGCUGGUGAUCUGGGCAGUGAAGGUGAACCAGGCACUGCGGGAUGCCACCUUCUGCUUCAUCGUGUCACUGGCAGUGGCUGAUGUGGCAGUGGGCGCUCUGGUCAUCCCACUUGCCAUCCUCAUCAACAUUGGGCCACAGACCUACUUCCACACCUGCCUCAUGGUCGCCUGCCCUGUCCUCAUCCUCACUCAGAGCUCCAUCUUGGCCCUGCUGGCAAUCGCUGUCGACCGCUACCUCCGUGUCAAGAUCCCGCUCAGGUACAAGACAGUGGUGACUCCCCGAAGGGCUGUGGUGGCCAUCGUUGGCUGCUGGAUUCUCUCCUUUGUGGUGGGCUUGACACCUAUGUUCGGCUGGAACAACCUGAGUGCGGUGGAGCGGGCCUGGGUGGCCAAUGGCAGUGUAGGUGAGCCCGUGAUCAAGUGUCAGUUUGAGAAGGUGAUCAGCAUGGAGUACAUGGUCUACUUCAACUUCUUUGUCUGGGUGCUGCCCCCACUGCUGCUCAUGGUCUUCAUCUACCUGGAGGUCUUCUACCUGAUCCGCAAGCAGCUCAACAGGAAGGUGUCGGCAUCCUCUGGCGACCCGCAGAAGUACUAUGGGAAGGAGCUGAAGAUCGCCAAGUCGCUGGCCCUCAUCCUCUUCCUCUUUGCUCUCAGCUGGCUGCCCCUACACAUCCUUAACUGCAUCACCCUCUUCUGCCCUUCCUGCCAUAAGCCGAGGCUCCUCAUGUACAUCGCCAUCUUCCUCACACAUGGUAACUCGGCCAUGAAUCCCAUCGUCUAUGCCUUCCGCAUCCAGAAGUUUCGGGUUACCUUCCUUAAGAUUUGGAACGACCACUUCCGCUGCCAACCUGCACCCCCCAUCGAUGAGGAUCCUCCAGAAGAGAGGCCCGAUGACUAGACUCCACCUCCUGCCCCCAGCUGCGCACAUCUGGGGCAUCUCAGCCCAGUACUCACCUCCCUGCUGUCCUGCUCGUCUCCCUUGUCUCCCUGACUCUUCCCUACUGGCCUUUGGGCUGUGAGUGCCCUGCACCUCGAGGUCCUGGAGGAGUUUUGGGAGGGCAGUCCAUGGGGAAGGAACGAGGUAACCUGAGGGGACGAGGAAAGUGGGGGCAGCACCCUAACCCUAACCCUAACCCUCCCCACCUGCCUGACCAACCCACAGGCAGCCCAGCACAUCAGGCUGAGUGGGGCUUGGGGACACUGAGACUGCCAUGGGGCCAUGUGGGCCAGGAGGGCAAGCUCAGCUCCCGUGGCGGGAAGGGAGGGGAGUCUGCUUGUCUUAGGUGGUAGUGGUGCAGCCCUGGGACCAAGUGUAAGGAGAGGAGAAUAUCCCCGCCAAGAUGGAGGGAAGGGGAGAAACUAGAUGUCCUGGCCUUGUUUUCUCUCCUGUUCUGUAGCAGAAGGUGGCUAGAGCCACUGACAGGCAGGAAGCAAGGAGCCUCAGUCCCCACCUCCCAGAACCCUGUGUUCCUGGCCAUGCUGCAUGCCAGGGUGCCUUUUCUCUUUGCCCUGGGGAUCCCAGGGUUAUACUUGGGAGAGGCUGAAAGAACGAGUCCAGAAAUAAUUUCCAGUAUUUGCUUUAUUCUCCACUAGCCCUUGGACCUGAGUGGGGGCUCCGAGCUCUCUGGAGCUAAUGUGGAAUGGUAGGUGUGGGCCUCAAACAGCCACUGGGAGACAGUGUUGAGCCCUCAUUCUUGCCUUGAGCCUCCCAAGUAGGAGACUUGGAGUGUAACUGCCUGUCCUCUGGGCCACCAGCUCUCGGUGAUGGGCAUGUGCCCUCCUAGGUGACACCCAUCUCUGUUGCUUCUGAGCCAGAUGGAGAGGAGAGCCCCAGACAUGCCAGCUCUUGGGAGCAUUCUGCCUGCCUGGGGAGCAGAUGAAGAAGGGAAAGUGGGCUGCUGUGGUCAUGCUGGGAUGAAGUGUGACAGGGUGGUCAGGCCAGAGGAGACUACCCUCCUGGGUGUAUGGGCAGGAAGGUCUUACCAGAAUUUAGAUACCCUCAGUACCCCUGACACUUAGCACAGUGUUCAUGGGCUUUGAGGCUCUGUUGCAGAGUCUAGGCCUUUAGCCUAAACCCUUGGGGAAGGGUCUACUCCUGGCCAAGCCCAAAGCUCCUUAUACAGAAGAAUGAGGGGCCAGGUUCUAAGUGUGAAUAGCAACUCCAGACAUGAUUCCAGGCCCUCCCCUCUCUCAGAGGUGGGAUAUCCCCUGGCUCCCAGGGCGGGCCACUUGACUAAUAAAAGACUGUGAACCCUCAUGGAGAACGUACCCCACCACCGUCUGAGGGCAACAAACAACCUCAACAGAGAAAAAGCAAUGGUGGGGGAUAGGGAGAGGUGAAGAGAGGGGGCACUGGGAGGCAUUUGGAGCAAGGAGGGUUCCAAAGAAGGGUGUGUCUGUUCCUAUAGUUAUCCUCUUAGGGUAGCAAACGCUGCAUGUGAAAUGAGAUCCUAAAAAAUCUCAUAUCUGGAAAAGCCCCAUGACACCGCGAGCCCCCUCCCACGGGCACCUUCCUCAUGGUGUCAGAGGUGGAGACCCCCUCAUGGUGACACAUUCAACAGCCCCCUCGUGGUGACGCAGUGCCGCCCCCAUCAUGAUGAUGCUCAUUGUCACAGAGGCCCCUGCACUGUAUCACCACACACCUUUAUUCAAGUGCUUCUCGCCCAGUGUACAGCUCCCUGCAGGAGCGCUCCAGUCUCUGCACUUUCCAGGGCCCCUUGUAUCCAGGAAGCCUGGCCUGGGGCCUGCUAGGCAGGUACCAAGGAGCAAAGCCAUCAGUCAUCACUAUGGAGAUGGGGACCUCUGGCCUCCGUGGAGCUUGAUUCUGGGUCUGGCUGCCCUGAACCCUCAGGCCUGCAGCACCUAGCAGAGAACAUGUUUUAUGAGCCCCUGCUGUUAGGCAGAGCUGGGCUAUACGUGCCCUGCUGAAGAGGUGAUAUGGGGAGGGCGAAGCAGUACCCCUCUUCCUUUCCCAGGCCUCCUUCCCCUUAGGCCCUUGGGCCCAAAGCCCAGGUCUCAGCUCUGCCCACUGCAGCUCCAGGAUACAUCCUCACUAGUCCAGGGCCUCAGAACCACCUGGGGAGGGCAGUCAGGGCAAGGAUGUUGCCCCUACUUCUCUGACUGAGGAAACAGGUCCAAGGGAAGGCCCUGGCCUAAGGUCUUUCAGAGCCAGGACUAGAUCCUGUCCUCUGACCAUCCACUGAAUCCCUUCCACUGAAUGCCCAUCCCUUCCAGGCCUCGCCAGCAGCACCCUGCCCUGCAGCGUCUGUGGAGCACCCCCAGGACUGUGCGUGUUCGUUGCCUGUGACUGCAGAUUUGCACUCAGAGCUGGCUGCCCCCUUCCCUUCUCACUCCCACCCCUGCUCCUGGCCUCCACCCCCAGAGGCAGCGGAGGGAGUGCAUGCAGCCACUUACCUUCCUGCUCAUCACAGCCUCCACCAGUGGCUCUUCAGUGUGUGGCUGAGGCUGGGAGAGAUCUGAAGCACUCAGCCUCGUCUAGUCCAGCAGGAGAAGAGGUGGCUUCUCCUGGUCUCCCAUCCAUUGGAGGGUUCCUAAGGAGUGACCCCUCUCAAGUCCUCACCUUUGACCUCCAGCCGGCAGUCCACAGAUGCCUCCCCCAGCACAUUGAUGGCCUUGCAGGUGUAGACCCCGGAAUCGAAGGGGCUGGGUUUCCGGAUCUCCAGGGUGCAGACACCUUGCUCAGAGAGGGCGCGGUAUUUGGGAUCACCCUGGAUGUCCAUCUUGUUUUUCAUCCAGAUGAUCCUGGGCUGGGGAAGCAAGGUCAGAGGAGAGCUGGGAAGUUUGUGGGCCAGGACGAGGCUCUUGAAGGCCAUCCUCCACUUAGGGAAAGAUGCCUGGGAAGAUUCUUCAACCCCGGUGCCCCUGCCCAAGGCACAGCAGGGCCCUGCCCCUCACCUUGGGUGAUGCUCGGACACUGCAGAAGAGCUGCGUGCUGUAGCCAGGGGUGGAGGUGUGGUCAGCCAGGGGCUGGGUGAACGAGGGGGCUUCUGAGAAGUCUCGCUCAACAAAACUUUUAGGUUUGGCAACAAUAUCUGGUUUGGAGGGAGAAAGUAGGGUGAAUUUGAGGUUACAGGAGGAGACCUCUUAAGACUGACUUCAUCCAUUUUCUUAAAAUCACUACAGCUUACACUUCAGUAUGCCAUUUAAUCUACACAGCAUUCCUUUGCAAGGAUAAAUUUGUCAUCCCCAGUUGACAGAUGGAAAACUAAGACCCUCCAUAGAUGAGGGACUUGCCCAAUAUCACGUAGUGAGUUUGCGGCUUACGGGAUGGAAGGUCACAUGAUGACUAUGGCUCUCUGAGCAGAGAGCUGGUAGUCUGGAGGAAAAUUAAGGGCGGGAGACAAUCCAUUUCACCCCUGCCUCCUCAUCUGGAGCCCCAUGGCAGGACCCUAGGCUCCUGGGGUCUUUGGGAAGCCAGGCACAGCCAACAUGCCAGAGCUUAGAGGCAGAACGUCUCAAAGAGGCAGAGGAAAGCCGGAACGACAGCUGGGUGAGUCACAGAGGGGAGGAGAGAGGGGAGUGGGCAGCAAAACCAAACAGAUGAGAUGAUCCUGGCUGAGGGUGGAGACUAAAAACCCAGGGAUUCUACAUUUCAUUUCUGUUUGUCUUUGGAGACUUGACUGGCUUUCUUCUUUUAAAUGAAAAUUUCUUCCUAAUUCUGUGCAGUCCAGGCUAAUGUGUGCUUUCUGCAGCCCGCACAGACUGUACGGGGGAGGGCCUUGGAGCACACAGCGGGACAGGGAGAAAGGGCUUGGAAUUUCACAUUUGACGCAAGAGGGCCAUGUGCCUGUAUAGAGACAGUAAAUACCCAUAUCUCUCUUGUCCAUCUAUGUGGUGUUAUAUUAGGGUCGGGAGUUUGCUUUUAGCAAACUCACCAGUCUACCUAUCCACACACAUUGCCCUUCACAGUAGCUCCCUUGGGACACUGCACAGGCGACCCAAUGACUGCUAUGAUGUUGGCAGCCAUACAGCAUCUUUAGAAUAAGUGCACAGCCUCCCAAGGGGUGCUCCUCAUUUGCAUGGGUUUGCUCUGAUGUGUUUGUUACAAUCAAUCAACCAUGUCCAUUUCUUUACAGUCACACGGUGUGAAUGUGUGUGUGGGGGUAGCUGUGGAGUGGGUGUGGAGAGGGCAGCAAAAGCUCUGGCAAGUGGGCACCCAUGAGAAGCACACAGGGAGGGGUGCUGACACACCAAGGAAACGUCAGAGACAGGGAGAAGGGUCAGCAUGGCAAGGCCUAGCUUGGUUUCCGGGCUUGGACCCAGACCCACCUGUCUUCUGGAUGUGGGCGAGCUCCUUGGUGACGGCCGCCGAGGCACUGAGUCCACACCGGUUUUCCGAGAAGACUCGGAAGGAGUAAGAGUUACCCACGAUGAGGUCUGAGAUAGUGCAGGUGGUCGGGUGGUAGCGCUCCAGCACUGUGAACCAUUGCUGCAAGGACCCUGGGCCUGUCAUCCUCACCUCCCCCCUGCCCUACCCCUCCCUGCUCCCCCUGUGGCCUCUGCCUCAGAGGGGCUUGUUCCACGCCCCAGCCCUGGGAGGCUGAAACAUCCAGCUUUGGGUCUGAGGGACUUUAAAUUGGGAGAAGGAACCCCUGGGAGAAUGUGACCUUUCUGGGGUCUUCAGAGAAUUCUAGAACUUUACUGGUCAAAGUGUGGCCCGAGGUCCUGCAAAGUAAGAAUCACCUGAGAACUUCAUAGAAGUUCAGGAUCUCAGUCCCCACCCCAGACCCACUGACUUAAGAUCUGCGUUUUAGCAAGAUUCCCAGGUGAUUCAUAUGCACAUUACAUUUCCUGAAGCACUGCUCUAGAGCUUGAAGGGCCUCCGAGAGCCACCCUUGCAGUCUUCAGAAGGAAACUGAAACCCAGAGAUGAAAGAGAUUUGCCAAGAGCCACACAGGGAGUCAGGUUAGUGGUAGGCAGACCAGAGCUCUUCAGUCCGUGGACUCUUAGUGGACAGGCCUUCCCAGACACCUAGGCCACUUCUUCCCCCACAAACCCAGCCCCAGUCAGACCUUCCUCCUCCCCUUACUCUGCUCCAGCGGGCCUCACCCCUGUCUUUUUGUCUGCCUUCUGCACUGUGUAGCCCAGGAUCUCUGUGUUGCCUGUGUCCUGGGGUGGUGUCCACUCGAGGGCAGCGUUGCAGCCCCAGACAUCCAGUAGCCUGAUGCUGCUGGGGGAUCCAGGUUUAUCUGUAGGACCAGAGUGUGAGAGAGAGUGACGGGGAGGGCUGGGUUUGCUGCAAAAUCCCCCCACCCAAGAUCUGGCUCUUAUCACUCUCUCUUGGCCUGACCCCAUUGGCCAUCAGUUCUGGGGCAGGAGGUGAGGUCUCUGGGUCCCCAGCAAGUCAGCCCUGCCUCCCCUGGCCCCAUACCGAUCACCAGGAUGUCGAUGGCUGCCUUGGCCUCCAGGCCUUCCAGCUGUACCGUGAGCUCAUAGCAGCCUGAGUCGGAGCGCUGGGCUGAGCGGAUGAAGAGGAUGGAGUCCUGGUCCCCGGUGCGCACAUUCACCCGCUGGCUGUCCAGGGCGUGACCGUUGUGGGUCCACGAGGCCUGAGGCUUGGGAUUCCCCUGGGAGGGAGGAGCCCUCAAGGUGAGCGCACAAGGCGCCAGCACCCCACACCCACUCAGCUCCAGGGCUCCCUGUGCCAGGGGAGCUGGCCCCAUUGGCCCUUCUGAGCAGGGGCAGCAGAGGCUAGAGCCACAGGUGCUGCCUAGAGCCUCAUUCUCUGGAUGUCCCGCCAGCCCCGGUGCCACCUGUCCUGUUCACCGGCUGGAGAAUCACAACUGAGUCACGUAUACAACAGAGGGAGGAUGAGGCCAUCUUGGUGGGUGGGUCUCAGGCAGACCUCCACGGGGAUCCUGACAUUUCCUGGGCUCCUCUAAUACACCUCACGCGGGGGCCCUUAUUUCACCCAAGCUCUUAUCCUGGGCAGGAGGCAUACUCACCUGGAAGGGGAUUUGCAGGUUAAUCAUCUCUCCCACCUGACGGACAUAGGUCUGACGAAGGUGGCGGGGAACGCGGAUCUUGGGGGCCUCUGCAUUAAAGCGAGAGGCGAGGCUUAGCACAGCACGGGGCUGCUGAUCGGAGGCUUCUGUGGCAGGGGCAGGGGACAACUGGAGAAGGCUGCUGGCUGGGCAGGAGGUCUGAGUGUGCUCUGAGGCUGCCUCCCUGUGGACAGGGCAAAGCUCACUCCCCAGAUCCAGGGACCCAAAUCCUCUGAGGCCCUUGGGGACUUGCGAGCCAGGAGGUUCCAGGAGGGCAGGGCCUCCACGGUGUGAACUGGUAGGCAUCCGGGGCACUCCCUAGGUGCCCUGACCCUGCCAGGCUGGGAUUUGCCCUGCAGCUCUGGUAUUCCUGGGCUCCAGAUGGGCCCCAGCUGGCUCCCUGGCUCCCCCUGGUGGGCAGCGUGUGCUGCGCCUGUGGGCCUGCAUUCCCUGGAAGGGUGGCGACACUGUCUUCCCAGUCCCUCUGCCCUUCUGCUGUGAACAGCUCAGGCCUUCAGAGAAGCCCCUGUGAGACCCAUUUGCCCACUGCUCUGCCUCCAAGCCAUAUGGGAGGACUGGGAUCUUUCCCUUUUUAAAUGAAGCCAGAGCAGACCUACCCCCUUCCUUCUCUCUUACUCCUGCCACUACCUUUCAGUCUGCGGUGGGGGAGUCCUUCCAGACACUUUACUUCAGCCCCAUGCUACGGUAGAGAACCACCUUCCUAUCACCUAAUCAGGUGCAACUGCUGAAACUGUCGGGCAUUCCAAGGGAAGCUGCAACAGCCCCUGCCACUCUCCCCCUGGGCGGGAGCAGGGGUGGUGGUAGCUGAGGCUCCUCAGUGGCAAACAGGUGGCAGCAGUUGGUCAGUGGCAUGCAGGGCAGAGAGGGAGGAGACAGAAGGAACACGGUGUCUCUGAGGAUUAGCUGUGCAGGCACUUGGCCCUGGGAGCAUCAGGCGUGGAAUGUUCCAGGGGCAGCUGCAGGGGGCCAGGAAUGCUUGGCAGCUCCAGGUGGCUGAGGAGGGACAGCUGAGCAGCUGAGGACUCUGGACAGGGUCCCCACCCUGCCCUGCCCAUGAGGGGGGCCUGGCUGGCUGCUCCCUGUUUAUUCACAGCCUUCUCCCCUCUUCUCUCCAGGAAAUCCCCUUCUCUCCUGCCAAAGGAAUUUUAAUGGAGUAGAGGGCGCUGAGUCAGGCGGACUCCUCCAGUGUUCGGCCUUGAAGUAGAGGACCCUGGCCCCUGCAGGCUCUCAGAGUCUGAGAUCCCUGGGCCCUCAGAAAAGGUCCAGGAUGCCCACCAACCCCACUCCCCAAAAAGGAGGGCUUCCUGGCACUCCCAGGUUAGAAUCGGUGAGUCCAUAUUAAGCUGCCAGGUGGCACCAUGUCUCACCAAGACUCAAAGGAGGGGAAAGGCCUCUGGUUUUGAAAACCACCAGAAAAAGAGUCCCUGCUGCCUGGUAAGACAUGAACUGGCCUGUGUGGGAGUCAGGUUCUGGGACUGCCACUAAUAGGCUAGGUGACCUCAAGGGAGUCCUGGGUGCCUUUGGACCUGCUUGGCUUGGAUGGACAAGCCGUGCCAGUCUACAGUUCUACACUCCCAACCCCCUGGUGCCCACAUCUCUCAGGCCUUAGAGUUGAAAAGUAUUUCCUUGAAUCCAAACUUGACCUCCUUCUGUGGCCAUGAAACCCCCUCUGUCUGGAGGCCUUGCCCAGAAUUAUGGGGUCAAGAUGAGGAGGGGGGAACAAGGAGAAAGGUGGAAAAGGCCUCAGGCCACCUGCUGGCUUAUGUCUCUUGUCACCCUGGGGCUCUGGGCUGUCCCCAGAAACCUUGGAUCAGACCAAGUGACUCACUGCCAUUAACAGACUGAAACCUGAUCGGUCCUGGGAGGGCUUGAGGCUAAUGCACCCUACAAAUAGAAAUCUUAGCAAGGGGACAGCAGCUGGCCUCCCAGGUUCCCAGGGCAGCACUGGCCUCUGGGGAUGGAGAAACCUUCACCGGCCUAUUGUAGGGCGUUAAUCUUCUUCCCACUAGGGACGUGGUGCAGCAAGAGGCAAGCAAAGACUCCUAUCUGGAACCCAGGCCAUAUGAAAUGAGCAGAAAAUGAGCUUCCAUGGCCGCUGAAGGAAUUAAGAUUAGGUAGGAAGAAUGAAAUGACUCUAAGCAUUGGGACUCUGAGGCAGGUGACCUGGGGAGCUUGAGCUCUCACUUCUGGAGGUCAGGAAGCUUGGGGGCUGGGCCAUUCAGGGAAAUGGCCUCUUUGACCUCUAGAGGCCCCUUGCUGCUGAGGAACCUGGGACUUUCUUAAGGCAGAAUGGCGAUAGCAGGUGGCUUGUGCACGUGAGUGUGGGAUGGGGGGAAAUGACUGCCCUGUUCGCUCUAUCCAUUGGCCUCAGUUUCUCCAUCCAUUAGAUAAGGUGCCUGGGAAGGGCUGGGGAGCAGGAUUUACCAAUGAUCUCUUGGAUGUGGACAGGCUGGUCCAGCACAGCUGGUGGGCCAGCCCCUGCAGAGCUCACUGCAGCCACACGUAUGAAGAACUUGUCACCUAGAGCCAGGUUCCGCACGGUCUGCUGGGUCACCAUCAUGGGCCGGGAAUUCACAGGCACCCACUCCAAGGCUGAGAGAAAUGAAGAGAGUGCAAGGCCCUGGCUCCAUGGCUGUGGGUACCCUUCUCAGUGGGGCUUCCCUUCUCGCUGAUGAUCUGAGGAAGCUGACCUCCCUUUCUGGGACUUAUUUUCCCUUUGCUUCCUUGACUUCUUGUUGUCAAAUGGCAUCAAAGACACCUGACGUUAGAACCCUUAAGUGGUGGCCAGAGAUGGGUUUGCCCGGAGCCCAGAGAGGGUUGGGCACAUUUGCCAAAUCACACAGCAAGGUAGGGGCAAAGGCAGCCACACGUAUGAAGAACUUGACUGCCAUGGAGGUGGAUAACAGGAUGCUGGCAUGAGGAAUUUGGCCAGAGCCGCCCGUCCCCUAUUUCUCCUCACUCUCUCUUACAACUUACCCUCCCCCUCAGCUUCUUUUGCUCUCCACCUCCUGCUUGCCCUCCCCAAGCAGGGUCCUCUGAGACUUAGCACCUCCUUCAUUCUCACAGAGGAGUGCCCCACUGUCACCUACCCUUUUAUCUCUGUUACUCAGAGGCUUCCUGGAGCUGGAGGACAGGGGGCCUCCUAAGGCCGUUUGGACAUCCUCCUGCUUUCAGAGGUGCGUUGGUGGAGCAAGAAGCUGUGUGUGAGUGGCCUGAGCGGACUGCUUCCUCUCCCUCUUUCUGUAUCUCCCCUUGGACUGACCCAACUGCAGAGUCUGGGGGCUUGUCCCUGCUGCCCUCUAAGCCCACCUCCCCUGGGUGUAUGCAGGGCUUAGCCCAUAGCUCACCUCCCUCUCGGCGGAGUUCCAGAACAUAGCCCUGGAGCCCCAGCUUCCCUAGCCUCUCCGGGGGUUCCCAGCUCACAGUCACCGAGCUGUCACUCACGUCCUCCACAGCCAGCAGCAGCGGGGCACUGGGGACAUCUGAGGGAGAAGCAGGGGGAGAUAAAGAGGUUCGUAGCCAAAAGCUCUCCCCGCACCACUCUCUGCCAAGGCUGCCUCCCUCCUCCACCUGCCCCGCCUCUUGUCACCUUCACUUGGAGGUGCGGGUUUAGAGGCUGCGGGGGCAGGUGCCUGAGGGGCAGGCUCCUGUGGUUUGGGAGCCUGCUCUUCCCCGGUAGACUUCGGUGCCGCCAUUUCUCCAGAGGGCUCUGUGGUGGGCACAUUUGCAGACUCAGAGGCAGUCUCCUCCGGACCACAGGCAAGGGCUUCCCGGGUGGCUUUUCCUCUCAUUGCAAGGAUUGCUGGAGGGUCGGGCUGGAGGGCGCAGGUAGUAGCACUGGAGGGUCUGUGCUUCCAGGGUGCCUGGGACACCCAGGUCCAGGCUUAUAUAGUCAGGGGGCUGCCCCACCCCCAGGCAAAUGAUUCCCAGCUGUGGGGUCAGGUCAGGCAGGGGGACUGGGGGGGUGCGUGGGGAGGCGCUGAAGCCAGGAAUAGCUCUGGCGGAGGACUGCAAGGGUCCCUUGAGGAGUGCACGACCUCGUCCAUCACCCCGACUGGAUCUCAGCAGGCAGGGUUCUGGUGCCCAGAUGGGAGGAGGGUACAGAUCGGUGAGAUGGGACAUUGCCAGGAGCCUGCGCCAGGGGUCAGGGCAAUGGGAACGAGAGCUUCCAUCUGGAGAACGAACCCAGAUCAGGCUCUGUGUGUUUGGCCUCUGGGAGACCACUUGUGCCCAGGGCUUCUCAGCUUGGGUGCUGGGGUUCCAGACAGCCUGGAAACAGCCUUCUCUUGGGAGCACUCCCAGCUUUGUCCCUAGGGUCCCACACUCCCCUGGUCCUCACAUUCCCUGAGGUUGAGGGCCUAGAGAGGGAGGGAAUUGGGAUGCCCAAGGUGGGCCUGAUUGGAGGAAGGUCUUCUAGCAAUGGGACCCCAGGAAGGGAGUCUAAGGCCCCUGGUUACCUAGCCUCUCCAAUCCCUGCUCUGGACCUCAGUUUCCCCAUCUGUUACAGAGAACACUAUGACAGUCCCCUAGCCCUUGGGGGUAAAAUCAAUUCAUAAGACAGGUCUGGAAGAGACCUUGGAGGAGGACAGCACUCUGAGACUUGUAUUCUUCGAAGCAGGACAUCUGCAUGCCACGGGGAAAUGAGGCAGGUACACCCAAAUUCCUAGUCAUUGAGUCAUUCAUCCAAUAAAACAGUAAGAUUGGGAAUGAUUUAAUAAGCCUGAAAAUAACAUGUGUCAGGGAGGAGGGGAAGUAACAAGAACUCUCAUUGCUGGUGGGAGUGUAGAUGGGAGCAAUCUCUUUGGAAAAAGUGAGACAGUAUCUAGUCAGAUUGAAAAUGUGCAAAUUCUAUGACCCAGCAGUUACACCCCCAGAAAGUCUCACACCUGUGCCCCAGGAGACAUGCAUGCAAACAUUCACAGCAGCAUUGUUUGUAACACCAAAUCUGGAGAACACAGCUCUCCCUCAGCAGGGGAUGCCUAACUAACUGUGACGUGUGUGUGCUCCUCUAAACCAAAACUGGAAUAUAAAAUGAGCAAACUUCAGCUACAUGGUUGAUCUAACAGACGUAACGGGGAGCAAAGGAGCCAGGCACAGAGAGCGAUGAGACACCUUUCAUGUUCAAUUCAGGCACGGGGAGCACCAGCUCUCUUCUUCAAGGGGUGUCUCUAGCGGGCGAGACCACAAAAGAAGGCAGGGAAGGUCAGGACAGUGCCUGCCUCUGGGCAGAGGGACAGGGAGGUAUGUGACUGUGGAGUUUCAGGGGCACUAAUGAGGUCUCAUUUCCUGUCCUGGGUGGUGGUUACACAGGCUUUCACUGUAUAGUAAUUCUUUAAAUUAAACAAAUACAUUUUACUCACUCUUUAGCUUGUAUGAUACAUCCCAUAAUUUAAAAAUCAAUACACAUGUAAUUUAUUUAGGUCCCUCAGUGGUAUGCAUGCUCUCCCCCUGCCCCGGGGCUUGGGGGCACAGGAGUGUGGCCACCUCUCACCAGUGGCUGUCCUUGUUGGGGAGAGGCAGUGGAGGGCCUGGGGAGCCUCCAGAUCCUGCCCUGCUUGGGUGCCCGUGCCCUCUGCCGGGUGACUCAGUGUCCUGCUGGGCAGUCCUCCAGGACUGGAGACCCGAUCUCUAUCCCUGGCCUCUGACUCUGCAGCUAUAAGUGAAUGUGACUAACUCUGCAGGACCCUGAGUCAGCCCUCCAGAGACUGUCUCAGGAUGGGGGAAGGGUGGCCAGGGGAGGUAGGGUGGGGGUUGACUUCCCUGGAGGACUCACAGCCCCUGGCUUUUCAAAGACCCCUGUGUGGUAGAGUAGGCAGUGGGCAGGGAUGAGGGAAUGCUUGGCCCAUUGGCCAGCAGUGAAAUGCCAGGUACCCCUGAAGCUCUGGCCAAGUUCUCACUCUCUUUUCCUUUAGCUUGGCAGUGACCUUGGGAUCAGUUGCAUCUGCCCUGCUCCAGCUGGUUCAGAUUUCAGGGAGGCCGAUAGGUAUUUUCUUCCCCACACCUCAAACCAGUGUCACAAAUCACUAGGCCAAGUCACAGAUAAUCCAAACACUAGGGAAUCCACAGAUAAAUUCUCUUUGGUUUUGGAGCAUGCAGCUGAACUCUCUUGGGAUACAAGGCAUGUUUGGGGCUCUGGGAGUUCACAGAAACUGCUGAGAACAUCUCUACUUCAUAAAGCCUGGAAGGCUGGCUGGUCUGCGCUCAUCCCGUUUGACUCAUCCCGUCCCAUCUGGCCCUCACCUCAUGUCCCAGGCUCAGCUGAGGAGUCUUGGUCUCUGCAUGGGCUGAGGGCUAUGUCCCAAGAGGGGAGAGACAGAGGGCUGGGUUACAGCCCUAGGACAUCUGACUGAUUUCAGUCCAGCAAUGGAAAGGGUUCCUCUAAGGUAAUGAGCAACUGGUCACUGAGAGUGUGGGGGGAGGUUGGAAGGCUAGCUCUCAAGCCCUGUAGAGACUCUAGGCCUGGGACGGAGGGAGAGUAUGUGAGAUAACAUAGGUGUCUCCUUCUAGCCCUGAGAGUCCAGGGUCAGGGCUCUCUCUAACCUGACCCUGUGUUGGCUCCUACAUCUCCCCGAGGUGAGAGGAGAUGAAGGGCUGGUGUUAAAGGGUUUCCUUCCUAGUGCUUGCUAGCCCCUGGAAACAGAAAAGGCUUCUUUCAACAAGGAACUGUAUCGAGAAGUCUGGACGACAAUGACUUUAAGAUCCGGAAGCCCAUCAGCCCUCUUGGGUUAAGUCCAUGACUGAUGGGUCUGGCGAUGCUUGCCUCUUUGGGGGACUUCUUGGGGCCCGGCAGAGGACAGGGUGGUCUCAUUUUCCGCAGCUCAGGACUACCCAGCCUGAGAGAGAGGAAUCCAGAAGAGAUGGGGGAGGUGAGCCCCGUGGGUCCAGUGGGACCACAAAGAUAGACUGAAGCAAGCGCUAGUAACUGGCGAGCCCCAGUGCUUUAUUGAGCAGCUGCAGAAUCAGGAAAGGGAAGUGGAGUGGGGACCUGAUUAUGGCCCUGAGUAAAGGUUUCAAGCUGGGCUUUGCAGAGGAUAUAAUCAGCGUGGUCGCUGCUUCUUGUAAGAUAUUUCACUCUGCAGUGGUACAGCUUGCCAAAAGGGUGUCCUUAGGCAUAGAGGCCUGGGGGUAAGGGAGUGGAAGAAAUCUCCUUGUGUGGGGCCUGGAGGAGUUGAGCAUGCUCCUUAAUCAGCAGCUAUGUGCUGACCCCGUGUCUUACACUGUGCUGGUCCCACAGCCCCACUCCUACCUGCCUGUCCACCAGAGCUGAGCUCAGAUGGCAGAGCUGUGGCCCUCCGCAUGGGCCCAAGGAAGGGAGACUGAAGCUCAACAGGGGACCCAGCAGGGCAGGUGAUCAGGCUCCUAGCCAGUCAGGGCCAAGUGAUCUCUGCCCCACUGUGUGCCCAAGAACCGAAGGCUACACCUCAGCAGCGCAUCCUCGAUAGCACUGGUGAGAGGGAAGUGCAGAUUCUGUCCGCAGAAGGUGCCCUGAAAGUCAUCCAAGUCCAGGGCCCACACCAUGGCGCCAGCCAGCUCCCUGUUCCUCAGGUACCGCACCUGCUCUGGAGACCCAGAGCAGGCAGGGCUGGGUUCCCUGGGCCAGGGUGCUUAUGGAGGGCAUGCUAUCUGGACACCUCCCCAUGGGAGAGAAAAGCAGACACCUGAGACCCCAAACACCUCUGUAGCCAAGCCCCACCCUCGGUGCAGGGGACUUCCCUCCCCCUCUUCAACUUGGGGUGUGGCCUUAGGUACAUACCUUGUUUUUGAUGCUCUCCUGGUCGUCAUACCCCACCCACUGGUUGCCCUUAGUGGCAUAGGGGACCUGCUGACCAAGGAGUCUAUGGACCGUGGCUCCGCGGAGAAAGUCACAGAUCUGAACAGAGAACAGGGCAGGCGUGGUGUGGGGAGCUGUGCUGAGACUUUGCGGGUCACCAGGGGGACACCACAGCCCAAAUCUCUCAGCCCCUUGCUUCUUCCUGCAGGCUACAUCUUCCCCUAGAGACUGCAGGCUUCGCACAACUUUACUUAAAACAGAUGCAAAGAUCCCAGGAUUCUGUAGCUGCUGUAACCUGAGGGCAUUAUGGGGGCUCUGAUUAGCUUCCUGCAUCUUAAACAGGGAUGUGGGAAAUAGUGCUUUGACACUGAGGACCGGCCCAAGGCAGCACAGAGCAGCAGAGGAUGGGCCGAAACAAAAGAACCUACCUCUUGGCCAUUGCUUUUUCCUGGGCUAGAAGGAAGGCCCCAACUUAGUGGCCAGAGGGGCUGCAGACAGGAUGUGCCUGGCCUCCUCCUCCCUCUUCUCCAGAGUGCUAGGUCUGCUGGAACAUUUUUUUUUAAUUUCCAAAGGAGUACAGUGUGGGUGGGGUGGGAGGCUCAGCUUCCCCAGGGCUGCGGGUGCCCCGGGAAAUCUUACCUUCUCCCCAGCUCAUACCUCAUAGUAGGUGAGGGUCCCUUUCUCCUUGGUGAACCGACCUGGUAUUCCUGGCCCAGAGGUCGGGGCUCCCACAUCUGUCUUGGAAGAGGCCAGGGUGAAGCUCCUCCCAAAAGUGGAGAUACCCAUCACCAGCUUAUUGGCCUGGACCCCCAGCCUCAACACACAGCUCACAGCGUAGUCCUGUGGGUGGGUAGGGCAGGACAGUUUGAGCAGUUAGAUGCUGGUGGUCUAGGAGGGGAAAGGUUGUGCAGUUCCCACUGCUGCCUUGAAAGGUGGAGUUCCAGGUCUAGAUGCGUCUGGAAUUCCCUUCCUUCUGGGAACCUAUUAUGUCAGUCUAAAAAGCAUUGUGUAAUUUCAGUCUUGAAAAAAAUCCUCUUAGGUAUAGGAAGGGAUUAUUACUGUUCGAUAGUUGCAGAACUCUGGCGAUUGGCCCAGGUUACACAGCAAACAAUGGCAGGUCUAGACUAGACUCUUGCCCUCUCAGCCCCCAGCCUUCUCUGUGCUCUCUUCAGUCUGCCCUCUGCCUUCACUAGGUGCACCCUACAGGCCCGUCAGGAGAUGUCCUGACUCUUUAUGGAAGAAUCACCUCCCCAGUUCCCAGAGCUGUGGAGAAUGCAUAAACUUUGGGCCUCAGUUUCCUCAUCUGUGAGGUGGGCCCUAUAACCCCUCCCUUGCAGGAUUACUGAGGAGUGGAGAGGUUGGUGUCUGAGCUCUGGCAAGUGGCAUGUCUGUGGUCCCCUCUCAGCCCUCCCUCCUUUGGGACAUUCACAGCAUUGCUGAAUCUGUCAGAACUUGUAUCUUCCUGGCCCCGGAAUAGGGGGCUGUGAUGUGCUAUGGUCUGGCGCCACGCUCCAUGAAAGUCGUAGGUCAGAAGGCUGAUGAAGUGCAGGUGUCUGUGGAAGGGUGGAUGCAGGGCAAGGCGAAAAAUUGAAAAAGCGCGCCACCCUAGCAGGAUGUGAGCUGGAGAAACAGGCAGCCAAGAGAAAAGCCAUUAACCCCAAACCCAGCAGAACCCAGUGAUUCGCUGUCUAGGCUGCUGGACCACCUCCCUUGUACCACACUGGGACGUGGGCUCAGGGUCCCACAGGAGCAUUCAAGGCAAGAAUGGGGUCCUUCCAAUCCACCCCCAGCACACAGUUGAGAGCUGGCCUCCAACACACGUCACCCCCUCCACUCCAGCCACAUUCAUCUUUGAGAAAGCAGAUUACAAGUGGCAUCAACAGCUAGCCUUGUCGGGAGAGAGCAGGAUCAAAGGAUGGCCUGAACCUAUGAUUCCUCCUGGUGGGAAGUAAGGUUUCCACACACAAAGGUGGAGGGUCUGCAGGUGGAUUGCAUGAACAUGAGCUUCAGGUGUUUGGGGCAAAUGGUUGAGAGCCACCUCAUUCCCACCCUCUAAGUGAUCAAUUAAAGCACCAAGUCUACACUCCCUAAGACCCUAAAGAAGAUUCUAAAGUCAGAGCGAAGAGCCUUUGUCUCUCACUCUUGGGUUUCCUAAGACCCAUGCUGUUGUUCCACCGAGAGGUCAGCCUGCUUGGCUGGGGACUGCUCAUUCUCACGCAUGAGGAGGCAGGGCGAGAGGAGGGACGGGGUGAACAGGAAAGGGAGGGGGCCACCUGCAUGUGACAGCACUGUGUGGACUCCCCAGCAGCCUAGAAAUGAAAGGUAUCAUUACUGCUGCCUUGCCCCUCCAGAGACUAGUGAUUGGCUGGUUUGUAUAACUUUCCCUGCUUCCUUUUCCACAAAUACAUACAUUCAUAACGACUUUCUCAUCUGAGCAGCGCAAUACCCCAAAUGAAAAGGAAAGAUAGGGAUCGUUUUGCCCCGUUUGACAGAUGGGGAGGCUGAGGCACACAGAGGGGAAGUGACUUGCUCAAGGUCACACAUCUUUGGAGAAACUGGGACUAGAAGCCCAGUCUUCUGAUUGUACAUGGAGUGGUAGGGCAGAGUGCAUCAGGAAGGAGAUUCACCGGGAUAUCUGGGCGAUGUCAUAGCCUCUGUCAAUGGCAAUCUUCCCAGCAGACACUGCCGCGCUGAGCAGGAGUUGCUCUGCUCCUGCCUGGGCUUCCCUUGCAAACUCAGCCUCCAUUUCCUGUUGGGAGAGAGGCAGGUGAGUGACAGCAAGCCUUGAGGCGAAAGAUCUCUGAGCAUGUCAUUGGCCUUCGCUGUCUGCUGUAAUCUCCAACCUGACUGGAGCUCAGUGGGAACGAUAAAGUGGUCUCAUCCUCAGACUCACCCAUCUUUUUCCUAAAAAACUGUUGGGACCAAUCUCGUCCCUACACCCCGUGCAUACUCAUCAACACUCAAUUAUUCUCUGUCCUGGAGGGACCAUGAGGAUAGAGAGUGAUCCCACUUGGUCCUCAGAUGAUGCUGUAAGAUAUUUACCUGUUGGUCUGUGCUUUGUUCAAGCUUAUAAAGGAGAACACAAAAUUAAAGUGAUUUAUAUUGUACCAUGAACAGUUUGUUUAAAUGAUCACUCUGUCCCUGGGGUAACUGAGUACCUCUGAUGCAGUGCAUGCUGGGGAGUGGGCAGUGUUGGUUUGGGAAUGAAUACAGGCAGUGAGGAAUGGGUUCUCCGCUUAGUGACCUCUGCCUCUUAGAACCCCACCCUACCUCCCACUGUUGUCAAAAGAUGUCUUCCUUGCUGUGUGAGAUCUCAGGACACAGGCUUGUUUGUCUUAUCCCUGGUCCAGAUCUCAGGACCCUGCAGCAAAGAGGCCUCAGUCCCCCUUUGCCUGCCUCAGGAGAGUAUCUCUGAAGACAGCUUCUGCCCUCCCCACUCCCUGAUGCUCCCUACCUCCCUGCCCUUUUCCCUGACCCAACCAGCACCUUGACCAGAGAGGUGAGAUGCUGCUCGUCCCUCCGCCCGGGGUAGAGCCAGGCUCGGUCCAGUCCAUCAAAGCCAUGGGUCCGCAGAAUUGGUGGCACCAGCUUGAUGAAAGUUCUGCAACUCCAGGUGUUGGAGGCUAUUUUGGAAAAUCUAGAACUGAAAUCAGCCCAGUAGAGGGCUCAGUACCAAUACGCUGGGUGUCUUAGCCCUCUGGAAGGGUCUCUGGGCAUGUGGAGCUGGGAGUCUGAACCCACACAGCUCUAGGAGGGCAUGGUUGGGACAGGACCCACCUCCAAUUAUCUUAGAAAGACCAUGUGCUUUGGAGCCAGAUAUCCCUGGCUCUAUCACCUACUAGCCAAGCCACUUUGAGCAGGUUAUAACCUGAGCCUCAGUUUUCUCAUCUGUAAAAUGGGCAUAAAUGUAACAUCUCACAGUGCUAUUAUGAGGAUUACAUGUGAUAAUGGUUGGAUAGGAUGCCUGACACAUAGUAACAGCUCAGUAAAUGAGAGCUGCUAUGGCCAUCUUUGCCCCCUUUUUAAAGCCUGCUCCAAUUCUACCCACUCCAGGAUGUCCUCACAGGGUCUCCACUCCCAAAUUUCCCAUUCAUUCCAUCUCUCUCCUUCUCCUUAGGACAGUAUCCCUCGCCGCCCCAAAUUUCUUUGUUUUCAUGUCUGAGAAGUAGUAAAAAGGGCAUUGGCUGCCACCUUGCUGUGUGACUCUUGACAAGUUCCUUUCCCUCUCUGCGCUCUGAUUUCGUGGUUGUACAUGAGGCAGGCUCCUGACAACCAUUCAGACCCCUGUGCCUGACCAGUCUGGGGUCCCUGUGACCCCCAUCCAGUGGAUGAGGAGAAAGCUAUGCCUCCUCCUAUUCCAUCAACCUCUGGGGGAUGAGUCAUCCUACCUUUGAGAACCAAAGUUCCAUCCUCCAACAGAUAGAAGGGUCUUCAGGUUGGGAUUCCUGUGGGGCACAGGGAGGCAGGAGGGCAGGGGUUGAGUGAAGUUGCUGUGACAUGGGGUGGCCCCACAUUUAGGAGGCUGUAUCAGGCUUCUAGCUUUGGGUGGGAGGCUGAAUCAGGCCUCUGAAGUCCUUCCAACCCUGAGAUUCAGUAUUCUAAGACUUUCUAAGCAUUUGUGGCAGUUACUCUGAGAUAUGUUGCCCAUAUUUGUUCCCUCCAGCGGGGAAGCCAGGAUAUAGCAAAAUAGAGUCAUGAGGACUUUCUCCGUGGAGAGGCACCCUCAGAGGACGGAGAGGGGUCCUUUUCCCAGGGGAGCUCAGCUGUACCUUCUUCUACGGUCUUCUUCUACACCCUGACACCUGCUCCCAUCACUUCUUCCCACUUAAGCCAAGGCCCUCCAGUUCUCCACCCAGAGGUGAGUACUGGGGACCUCGCCCACCCUCUUGAGCAGGAGUACGCUGCCCUGAGACCAGCCCUGCUAACCCUCCAUCUUCCUCCUUCCCUGGCCAGCCAGUGGCCCAACCUGUUCUUGAGUGUGUUCAGUGUGUCAUAGAGCGUCACAUCAUUCCACUCCCAGGUGUCAAUCGCAUUGUUGCUUAUGUUGGCAAAGCUGUAGAUGAUGUGGGUACAGAGGAAGGGGUCGAUGGCGUCUGGGAAGCAGCUCCCAUCAGCCCCGCCCCCCACCCCCGGUACUGGGACCAGCUGGUGUAGUAGCAGAUCAGCUUGUAUGCAGCACCUGAGGAGAAGGCCAAGAUUGAGCCAGGGACCCUCUGGCUGAGCCCUGAGCUGAGCACUAAUGGGGUUUUGGGGGGCGGGGUUGAUGGGCAGAAUUGUGAGCAAAGUUAGAAUUCUAAAUGCAAAGGGCUGGCUCAGGGGAGUCCUCUGUCUGAUGAAAAUAAGGUCUAUUUUGAAAAUGUUUAGAAAAGAUCAAAUAUAGUAGAUAAACAUACUGCAGACUAAGAACAGAACACUGUAUGGGGUGAGGGGGUGCCAAUGAAUAAAGAUGAAAUGGGACUUGGUACAAGUAAAGAAGGCUUCCUGGAGGCAGUGACUUUGAAGGAGAAGAGGGACCCGACAGCCAUAUCAGAAGACCCUGGCCUUCAGGCGAGAAUCUUGCAGGACCUUCAGUGGAGUCCUUGAUCUGAGAGGCUCUGGCCCAUCUCUUCUCUGCCUUCCUGUGGGAGUGCCCCUAAACUUGUAACCCACCCAGAAUGGCAGCCCCCAGGCCCCUUCAGUCCAUCCCCCGAGCUGGGGCACAAUAUCCCAAUGGACCCGGAAGUUCCUCCUCCCCGCUCAUUCUAAUUUUUCCUGCUGCAAAGUAGGCCUUUUCUGCCCUCUUGACUGUGGAGGAAUAACUGGGCAUCACUCAUCCAUGCUGCUACUGGUCUCCUGUUAGUGGUUCCCAGUAAGCGAUUAGUUGAAGCCUUCAUUGAACCUGAGCCUUUGAAAGUUUUUAAUUUUCAAAAAUUUUAAAUAUACAGAAAAGUAGAGAAUAGUAUAAUCAACACCUAUAUACUCAUCACCUUGGUUUAACAAAUGCUAAUAUUUCUGAACCAUUUGAAUCACAGAAGAAACUGGAAAAGCACUACCUCAGUGGCAAGGUCCCUUCCACACAGCCCUCACCACACCCCCACUUCCCGUGACUUAAAAGGGGUUACUUACAGCUCUGGGGCAGCACCAGGACCACAAAACCUGAAGGGAGACCCCCUGCAAGUACCUCCUGCCCUUCCCCCUGCUCCCUGCACCCCCCACCAUAAAGGAAUCAAGGGCCUCCUCACACCUGCCUCCUCAUCUCUCCCCCCAACAACUCUGCUACCCCUCCCACAGCAGGUAGGAGGCCAGCCCCUCUGCAGAGCGGCUCUGUGGCCAACCCAGAGACCUGUCUGAGCCACCCUCAGACCCAUCCUGGCUGCAGCAGAGGGGGGCACGGCAUGGCCUCUUCCUUUGCCCUCAGGCUCCUGGUGCCCAGCUGCCUAGACAGGACGCUUCCCUGGGUGUCCAACUUCCUCUUACACCUGUCCCACUCCACUCCCCCGCACCCCAAACCAUGCCAUGUACAGAACUGAGCUGUGUGUCAGUGAAGGAACUAGCAGGCUGGAAAGUGGCGGGGCCGAGCACUGCGGGCCGCCUGAGGUGGAUUGAGAAACCCUGGGGAGUUCUGAAAACGUGGGCCAGGUCUUCCUGAGGCACCUGCUGGCAGAAAAGCCAUCAGGGGGAUGAUCUGGGGGCUCCUGUGGCCAGUAACUCAGCCUCCUACUCAUCUUCCUCCAAAAGCCAGCAGUUUCCGGGCUUUUCUGGCAGCCUCUACUUUUGCCUCUCCAGCCCUCUGUCCGGGCCCUUGGCCAGGUUGAAACUGGGCACAAUUGAGUUCUGUAACCAGCAGUAACCCCCCCAAAAGGCUGUUAUUUAUUCUCUCCCUGAGCCCAGCAGCACCCUGCCUGACCCACUCCCCCUCGCCAAGCUGUUUCCCACAGCUGGCCUGCGCUGAUUAUUUUAAAGAAAGGCUGGAGAGGAGUGGGAAAUUGCUGAGAAUGCUCUGAGACCUGGUGCCGCUUUGCUUCCUUUUUGAAAGGCCCGUUAAAAUGAGUAUGAAUCUGGCAAGCCUGGGGCUGCAGUGAAGUACCAAGGAGUAAAAAUUCAGGGAAUUCUUGAUUUCCCCCAGGAGCAGACAAUCUCAGGAGAUGCAUAAUCUCCACACUCUCAGCUCCUCUCUGUUGACACCUGAGUGUAAUGAUGCCACCCCUUUCUAGAUCCCUCAGUGGUUUCUUAUCACGCUUCAGAUAAGAACAAAACUUCUUAACAAGGUUCUGCAUGAUUUGUUCCCUGUUUGUGGGUACUUUUUUUGGGCCAAAGAUCCUGGACAACUCCAUUCUUUGCAGGCUAUAAAUUAAUUAAUAGGCCGGGAGUGAAAAGUUCAGAACUCCAAUUGCCAGAAUGGGACAGAGGGCUUCUGAAAAGAUACCUUUAUUUUUACAAUCAUAUUAGGUAAUAAUCCAAUGUUAGCCACACUGAUUUCACAGUCCUCUCUUGGUGAGGUCUCUCCCUCUGUCCCCCUUCUCUUCCUUCCUCUCCCUAGAAACUGAAACAUCUCUUUAUUAAGAGAAAUGGUCAGAAAGCAGUUUGUCCAGAGUCAUACUCACGAACACUAAAGGGUCAUGGCUUCACCCUCUUAAGGCAACUAGCCUUCUUUUGUACCCUAGAUGAUUGACAGCAAUGAUAGUCCAUGACGACUUUCCCUUGUUUGUUUAGGGCACUGGGAAGUGGACUUCCUUUAAUCUCUAAUAGAAAGUAUUACAAAGUAGUAGGCACGUAAAAAUGUUCAUAACAGGGUGCAGGAUGUUAAGAAAACACCCAAGUUCACUCUCUUCCUUUGUUAAAAAUUACUUCAUAGGCACAGAUUAGCCCAAGCCUUGUCCUGUGCUCCCCCAAAGCCAGUUUAUUAGUUCCACAUGUCCUGCAUGAAGGUGGCAUUGUCAUAACAGCCAAGACAUCCCCUGGGCCUGCCCCAGCAGGAUUGGCCAAGGGUCCCAUGGCACACCACCUCUCAGCUUCAUCUCACGCCAUGCCCCCUUCACUCCCUAUAACUCAUCCAUUCAUGCCUUCUUUCUUAUAUUUGCUCUACUCCUCCCACCAUAGUGCCCUUGUAUAUGUCAUCUACUAGCCUGUCAAUAACUAUGAAGGGCCUGAGAUUUUAUACUACUUGCAAGCUAAUGAGACAGACAGAAUCUCAUGGAUUCUGGCAGAAGACACAAGAACCCGAGGUCAGAGACAAAGGACUUAUUCAUGGCACGUCAAGCAGCAUGAACUUCAUGUUUGCAUCACUUCCUGUGAAGAGGCAGCUAUUUUGAGUUGCUGCCUAGGCAUUUUACAGUAUAACUCCGCUCACACCCAGAGUCUGGACAUUUAGAUAAGGACCUGAGUUUAGGAUUCCAGCCACAAGGUCCUGCUUUGCAUUUCCCAGGACACCUUUUAAAAUAAGCACUUAAAGUUGAGCCCUGGAAAAGUUAGUGGUGCUCCCCAACCACCUUAUAAGUAAAAGGCGCUUACUCUCUGUCUCCUGCUAGCUUGUGACCCAGGACAGAGGACUGCCCCCGCCCCCAGCUCAAUGCACACCUCCCUCCUCUGUUUCUGGAAUCUGUAAGUAAUAAAUCUUGUCACUUUACUUUCUUUGUGUGAGUGUAUUGAAACUGUGCCUUCAAUCAAAACUGCCCUGGGGUUUUCAUUUCCCCAAAGCGGAAGCUCAGACAGUGAGGGAGUUACCUGCCCACUCUGUGUGUACGGUUUGUGCAUCCUUAUUCAGCAGGUCAUACUCUGCAUAUGCUUAAUUAAACACUCCUACUCAUCCUUCAGAUUGCAGCUCAGCAGGCACCUGUGGAAAAGGCAGACUCCCUAGUGAGGGAUAACCCCUAUUGGGUCUGUCAGUGUACUUUGUACCUCUCCUCCUAGCACGUGACUCGGUUAUAAUUUUACAUCUCGUGUGUCAGUGUGGAUGUCAUUCAUGUCUGCCUCCCUCACUAGACUGUAAACUCAGUAAAGGCAAGGACUGUGUCUGUUUUAUUCACCUUUGUGUCCGUCCCUAGUACUUGACACAUAGUAGAUGCUUAGUAAAGUAUUGAACGACCGAAAACAUGAAUGAUCUCAAGAUGGUACAUAACUCCAAACUCUUCUAUUUUGUUUGGAACCUGAAAUUCUAGAAAUUUCAUCUCUUUCAAUAGUUCUUGUCACCUUGUGAAUAACCAACACAGGAGGUACGAUGAAAUCGCAAAACAAACAUCCUGACAAUUUUUCCCUGGUCCAAUUGUUCUAAGCCCCCACGCUGCUCUUAUCAUUCAUUUACUCAUUCAACCAAUGCUUACUGAGCACGCACAGUUGCCUUGCACCGUGGGAGGUGGUGAGGGCAGAAAGGUGAGCGAAAACAGAGAAUCAGUGCCUGUCCUCAUGAAGUACAUGGUCUGGCAAAGAAUAUGGACAUUAAACAAAGGAUCACAUAAAUUAUUACAACUGUGAAAAGUUCAACAAGGCAAUUCUGAGGGUUAGGAGAGUUUAUAAAAGGCUACAGGUGGUCAGGGAACUCUUCCUUGGGAAAUGAUGUUUCAGCUGAAUUGUGAAGGAACAGGUACUAGCUUGGCAAAAACAUGUGAGGCAGGAGAAACAGAAGAAGCCUGGGGUGGGAAGAGGCUGCCAUGUUCCAAGACCUGGGAGGAUUCAAGAGUGGUUGAAGCAUGAGGUAGGGCAAGAGAGGCACAGACGAGAGGGGUGGCCUCUUGGGCGUAACUGUUUUGAGGAUCCGUUCCUUUUGCAUGGAGUGUCAGAGCAAAUGAAGGUGGUGUUAACAUCCCGCCAAAUAUCUGAGGGGAAGUUCUUUAUUUACAGGCAGGUGUCUUCCUCCAAGUUCAUUUCCAAGUCCUCAGCUCCAGCAUAUGGUGUUAGUGUCAGCACAUAGUAAAUGCCAUCAAAGACUCAGAGACAGAAACAUUUGGACAAAUAAACAAUUUACUGCAAAAGCAAAAAGGGAGUCCAAGUUCAGAAAGAAAGAUUGGUUUGUCAAAUACAAAUCACAACAAGUAUUUAAAGGGAAAAGAAGAUGACCAAGGCUACAAUAUUCAUGGUAGAAAUUAGCAGCUUUCUCACAUGUCCAUCAUAUUCACAGUUUAUCUUCACUUGUUAGCAUAGUAAAAAUCAAGGAGAAAAAAAUUGUUUUUGCCAGAGUCCAUCUUUAUGAGAAAUAAUCAGAGUUUAUUAUUUUGGAGUCCUGAGCCAGUCACGAUAGCCUGUUGUUUUUGGAUUAUCUCCAGAUGUAGAAUGUCCCCACCCCCACCCCGCAGUGGUACU